CCGACGGUACCCAGCGUCCCUCGGCAGUUUCCGGCAGUAAUCGAGAGUUUCUAACGUGCCCCGCCUCCGCCACCCCCCUUCUCUCGGCCUAAGUCCUCUCAACCGCCGCCCGGCUGGCUGUCCCCGCGUUCCCUCCCGUCCUCGGCCCUCCGCCCCUUCCCUCCCCACCUCGCCUGGCCCUGCAGGCGCCUCCGGCGGUACGGGCUGGGCAAGAUGGCGGCUUUCGGGAUCUUGAGCUACGAGCACCGACCCCUGAAGCGGCUACGGCUGGGGCCUCCCGAUGUGUACCCUCAAGAUCCCAAACAGAAGGAGGAUGAACUGACGGCUUUGAAUGUAAAACAAGGUUUCAAUAACCAGCCUGCUGUCUCUGGGGAUGAACAUGGCAGUGCCAAGAACGUCAACUUCAAUCCUGCCAAGAUCAGCUCCAACUUCAGCAGCAUUAUUGCAGAGAAGUUACGCUGCAAUACUCUCUCUGACACUGGUCGCAGAAAGUCCCUCAUGAACCAGAAGGACAACUUCUGGCUGGUGACAGCACGAUCUCAGAGUGCUAUUAACACCUGGUUCACUGACCUGGCUGGCACCAAACCACUCACACACCUAGCCAAAAAGGUCCCCAUUUUCAGUAAGAAGGAAGAAGUGUUUGGGUACUUAGCUAAAUACACAGUGCCCGUGAUGCGGGCUGCUUGGCUCAUUAAGAUGACGUGUGCCUACUAUGCAGCGAUGUCUGAGACCAAGGUUAAGAAGAAAAAUACCGCUGACCCCUUCACUGAAUGGACUCAGAUCAUUACAAAGUACUUAUGGGAACAGCUACAGAAGAUGGCUGAAUACUACCGGCCAGGGCCCGCAGGAAGUGGAGGCUGUGGUUCUACUAUAGGACCCUUGCCCCACGAUGUAGAGGUGGCCAUCAGGCAGUGGGACUACAAUGAGAAGCUUGCCAUGUUCAUGUUUCAGGAUGGAAUGCUGGACAGACAUGAGUUCCUGACUUGGGUGCUUGAGUGUUUUGAGAAAAUACGCCCUGGAGAGGAUGAAUUGCUUAAACUGCUGCUUCCUCUACUGCUUCGAUACUCAGGGGAAUUUGUUCAGUCUGCCUAUCUGUCCCGCCGCCUUGCCUACUUCUGUACCCGAAGACUGGCUCUACAGCUGGAUGGCGUGAGCAGCCACUCAUCUCAUGUUAUAUCUGCUCAGUCAACAAGCUCUCUGCCCACUACCCCUGCACCUCAACCCCCAACUAGCAGUACACCCUCGACUCCCUUUAGUGACCUGCUUAUGUGCCCUCAGCACCGGCCCCUGGUUUUUGGCCUCAGCUGUAUCCUUCAGACCAUCCUCCUGUGUUGUCCUAGUGCCCUAGUUUGGCACUACUCAUUGACUGAUAGCCGAAUUAAGACUGGCUCACCACUUGACCACCUGCCCAUUGCUCCUUCCAACUUGCCCAUGCCAGAGGGUAACAGUGCCUUCACUCAGCAGGUCCGUGCAAAAUUGCGAGAGAUUGAACAGCAGAUCAAGGAGCGAGGACAAGCAGUUGAGGUUCGCUGGUCUUUUGAUAAGUGCCAGGAAGCCACUGCAGGUUUUACCAUUGGCCGGGUGCUCCAUACUUUAGAAGUGCUGGACAGCCAUAGUUUUGAGCGCUCUGACUUUAGUAAUUCUCUUGACUCCCUUUGUAAUCGAAUCUUUGGAUUGGGGCCUAGUAAGGAUGGUCAUGAGAUUUCUUCAGAUGAUGAUGCUGUGGUAUCAUUGUUAUGUGAAUGGGCUGUUAGCUGCAAGCGUUCUGGUCGGCACCGUGCUAUGGUAGUAGCCAAGCUCCUGGAGAAGAGACAAGCCGAAAUUGAGGCUGAGCGUUGUGGAGAAUCUGAAGCAGCUGAUGAGAAGGGAUCCGUCGCCUCUGGUUCCCUUUCUGCUCCUAGUGCACCUAUUUUCCAGGAUGUCCUCCUGCAGUUUUUGGAUACACAGGCUCCCAUGCUGACUGAUCCCCGAAGUGAGAGUGAGCGAGUGGAAUUCUUUAACUUAGUGCUGCUGUUCUGUGAACUGAUCCGACACGAUGUUUUCUCCCAUAAUAUGUACACUUGCACUCUCAUCUCUCGGGGGGAUCUUGCAUUUGGAGCCCCUGGUCCUCGGCCUCCCUCUCCCUUUGAUGAUCCUGCAGAUGACCCAGAGCGCAAGGAGGCUGAAGGCAGCAGCAGUAGCAAGCUAGAGGAUCCGGGGCUCUCUGAAUCUAUGGACAUCGACCCUAGUUCCAGUGUGCUCUUUGAAGACAUGGAGAAACCCGAUUUCUCACUGUUCUCCCCUACUAUGCCUUGUGAGGGGAAGGGAAGCCCAUCCCCUGAGAAACCAGAUGUCGAAAAGGAAGUGAAACCCCCACCCAAAGAGAAGACCGAGGGGACACUUGGGAUUCUUUAUGACCAACCACGACAUGUGCAGUAUGCCACACACUUUCCCAUCCCACAGGAGGAGUCGUGCAGCCAUGAGUGCAACCAGCGGCUGGUCGUACUGUUUGGGGUGGGCAAGCAGCGAGAUGAUGCCCGCCAUGCCAUCAAGAAGAUCACCAAGGAUAUCCUGAAGGUUCUGAACCGCAAGGGGACAGCAGAAACUGACCAGCUUGCUCCUAUUGUGCCUCUGAAUCCUGGAGACCUGACAUUCUUAGGUGGGGAAGAUGGGCAGAAGCGGCGCCGCAACCGGCCGGAAGCCUUCCCCACUGCUGAAGAUAUUUUUGCUAAGUUCCAGCACCUUUCUCAUUAUGACCAACACCAGGUCACGGCUCAGGUCUCCCGGAAUGUUCUGGAGCAGAUCACGAGCUUUGCCCUUGGCAUGUCAUACCACUUGCCUCUGGUGCAGCAUGUGCAGUUCAUCUUCGACCUCAUGGAAUAUUCACUGAGCAUCAGUGGCCUCAUCGACUUUGCCAUUCAGCUGCUGAAUGAGCUGAGCGUGGUUGAGGCCGAGCUCCUUCUCAAAUCAUCUGAUCUGGUGGGCAGCUACACAACCAGCUUGUGCUUGUGUAUCGUGGCUGUCCUUCGUCACUAUCACGCCUGUCUCAUCCUCAACCAGGACCAGAUGGCACAAGUGUUUGAGGGGCUCUGUGGUGUAGUGAAGCAUGGGAUGAACCGUUCAGAUGGCUCCUCCGCAGAGCGCUGUAUCCUUGCUUAUCUCUAUGAUCUGUAUACUUCCUGUAGCCAUUUAAAGAGCAAAUUUGGGGAGCUCUUCAGUGACUUUUGCUCAAAAGUGAAAAACACCAUCUACUGCAACGUGGAGCCAUCAGAAUCCAAUAUGCGCUGGGCCCCGGAGUUCAUGAUUGACACUCUGGAGAACCCUGCUGCUCACACGUUCACCUACACGGGGCUAGGCAAGAGUCUUAGUGAGAACCCUGCUAACCGUUACAGCUUUGUCUGCAAUGCUCUUAUGCACGUCUGUGUGGGGCAUCAUGAUCCUGAUAGGGUGAAUGACAUCGCAAUCCUAUGUGCGGAGCUGACCGGCUAUUGCAAGUCACUGAGUGCAGAGUGGUUAGGAGUACUUAAGGCCUUGUGCUGCUCCUCUAACAACGGCACUUGCGGUUUCAACGAUCUCCUGUGCAAUGUAGACGUCAGUGACUUGUCUUUUCAUGAUUCCCUGGCUACUUUUGUUGCCAUCCUCAUUGCCCGACAGUGUUUGCUCCUGGAAGACCUGAUUCGCUGUGCCGCCAUCCCUUCCCUCCUCAAUGCUGCUUGUAGCGAGCAGGAUUCUGAGCCAGGGGCCCGGCUUACGUGCCGCAUCCUCCUCCACCUGUUCAAGACACCACAACUCAAUCCUUGCCAAUCUGAUGGAAACAAACCUACCGUUGGAAUCCGGUCCUCCUGUGACCGCCACCUGCUGGCUGCCUCCCAGAACCGCAUCGUGGACGGAGCCGUGUUUGCUGUUCUCAAGGCUGUGUUUGUACUGGGGGAUGCGGAGCUGAAAGGGUCAGGCUUUACUGUGACGGGAGGAACAGAAGAACUUCCAGAAGAGGAGGGAGGAGGUGGUGGUGGUGGUGGUCGGAGGCAGGGUGGCCGCAACAUCUCUGUGGAGACAGCAAGUCUGGAUGUCUAUGCCAAGUACGUGCUUCGAAGCAUCUGCCAACAGGAAUGGGUAGGAGAACGUUGCCUUAAGUCACUGUGUGAGGAUAGCAAUGAUCUACAAGACCCUGUGUUGAGUAGUGCCCAGGCCCAGCGCCUCAUGCAACUCAUCUGCUACCCACAUCGCCUGCUGGACAAUGAAGAUGGAGAAAACCCCCAGCGGCAGCGCAUUAAGCGUAUUCUCAAGAACUUGGACCAAUGGACCAUGCGCCAGUCGUCCUUGGAGCUCCAGCUGAUGAUCAAGCAGACCCCCAACAAUGAGAUGAACUCCCUCUUGGAGAACAUUGCCAAAGCCACAAUUGAGGUUUUCCAACAGUCAGCAGAGACAGGGUCGUCUUCUGGAAGUACAGCAAGCAACAUGCCCAGCAGCAGCAAGACCAAACCUGUGCUCAGCUCUCUAGAACGUUCUGGUGUGUGGCUGGUAGCUCCUCUUAUUGCCAAACUGCCUACCUCAGUCCAGGGCCAUGUAUUAAAAGCUGCUGGGGAGGAAUUGGAGAAGGGUCAGCAUCUGGGUUCCUCUUCCCGAAAAGAACGAGAUCGACAAAAACAGAAGAGCAUGUCCCUGUUGAGCCAGCAGCCUUUCUUAUCACUGGUGCUGACAUGUCUGAAAGGACAGGAUGAGCAGCGUGAGGGACUCCUUGCCUCCCUCCACAGCCAGGUGCACCAGAUUGUGAUUAAUUGGCGAGAAAACCAGUACUUGGAUGAUUGCAAACCAAAGCAGCUAAUGCAUGAGGCACUCAAACUGCGGCUCAACCUGGUGGGGGGCAUGUUUGACACAGUGCAGCGUAGUACUCAGCAGACUACAGAGUGGGCCCAGCUCCUCCUGGAGAUCAUCAUCAGCGGCACUGUGGACAUGCAGUCUAACAAUGAGCUUUUCACUACUGUGUUGGACAUGCUGAGUGUGCUUAUCAAUGGAACACUGGCUGCAGACAUGUCUAGCAUCUCACAAGGCAGCAUGGAGGAAAACAAACGUGCAUAUAUGAACUUGGUGAAGAAGCUUCAGAAGGACUUGGGAGAGCGCCAGUCUGACAGUCUGGAAAAGGUUCACCAACUGUUGCCACUACCGAAGCAGAACCGAGAUGUCAUUACCUGUGAGCCACAGGGCUCCCUUAUCGACACCAAGGGCAACAAGAUUGCUGGCUUCGAUUCCAUCUUCAAGAAGGAGGGUCUACAAGUUUCCACCAAACAAAAGAUCUCUCCCUGGGAUCUUUUUGAGGGCUUGAAGCCAUCCACAGCACCGCUGUCCUGGGCCUGGUUUGGCACAGUCCGAGUGGACCGCCGGGUAACUCGAGGGGAGGAGCAGCAACGGCUGCUCCUCUACCACACACACCUGAGGCCUCGGCCCAGAGCCUACUACCUGGAGCCGCUGCCGCUGCCCCCAGAAGACGAGGAGCCACCAGCCCCUGCCCUACUAGAGCCUGAGAAAAAGGCUCCUGAGCCCCCCAAGACUGACAAAGCAGGGGCUGCUCCUCCCAGCACCGAGGAGCGCAAGAAGAAGUCCACCAAGGGCAAAAAGCGCAGCCAGCCAGCCACCAAGACUGAGGACUAUGGCAUAGGCCCAGGUCGGAGUGGCCCCUAUGGUGUGACAGUGCCUCCAGACCUUCUGCACCAUGCAAAUCCUGGUUCCAUAUCCCACCUUAACUAUAGGCAGAACUCCCUAGGCCUGUAUACCCAGAAUCAACCACUACCUGCUGGUGGCCCUCGUGUGGACCCGUACCGCCCUGUGCGAUUACCGAUGCAGAAACUGCCAACUCGACCAACUUACCCUGGUGUGCUGCCCACAACUAUGACUACUGUCAUGGGCCUAGAACCCUCAUCUUAUAAGACCUCUGUGUACCGGCAGCAGCAACCCACAGUGCCCCAGGGACAGCGCCUUCGCCAACAGCUCCAGGCAAAGAUACAGAGUCAGGGGAUGUUGGGACAGUCAUCUGUCCAUCAGAUGACUCCUAGUUCUUCCUAUGGUUUGCAGACUUCCCAGGGCUAUACUUCUUAUGUUUCUCAUGUGGGAUUGCAGCAACACACAGGCCCUGCAGGUACCAUGGUGCCCCCCAGCUACUCCAGCCAGCCUUAUCAGAGCACCCACCCUUCUACCAAUCCUACUCUUGUAGAUCCUACCCGCCACCUGCAACAGCGGCCCAGUGGCUAUGUGCAUCAGCAGGCCCCAACCUAUGGGCACGGACUGCCUUCCACUCAAAGGUUUUCACAUCAGACAUUGCAGCAGACACCCAUGAUGGGUACUAUGACUCCAUUGAGUGCCCAGGGUGUCCAGGCAGGCGUCCGUUCAACUUCCAUCCUGCCUGAGCAACAGCAGCAGCAACAGCAGCAGCAGCAGCAACAACAACAGCAUCAACAGCAGCAGCAGCAGCAGCAGCAGCAGCAACAGCAGCAGCAGCAGCAGCAGCAACAGCAACAGCAGCAACAGCAGCAGCAGCAGUACCACAUUCGACAGCAGCAGCAGCAGCAGCAGCAGCAGCAGCAGCAGAUCCUACGGCAGCAGCAGCAGCAGCAGCAGCAGCCACCGCCGCCACCGCAGCAGCAGCAGCCGCAGCCGCCACAGCAGCAGCAGCAGCCACAGCCGCCACAGCAGCCACACCAGCAGCAGCAGCAGCCGCAACAGGCAGCCCCUCCCCAGCCCCAGCCCCAGUCCCAGCCCCAGUUCCAGCGCCAGGGGCUUCAGCAGACCCAGCAACAGCAACAGACGGCAGCUUUGGUCCGGCAGCUUCAACAACAGCUCUCCAAUACCCAGCCACAACCCAGUACCAACAUAUUUGGACGCUACUGAGUCACCUGGAGGAACUGCUUGUACACUGGAUGUGGCCCAGCCUUUCUGCUUAAUUCUCAGUCCCCUUCCUGGGCGAGCUCCAGUAGUGGUUGGGGUCCUUCCCUCAGGCUCCAUUUUUAAUGAAUUUUUAGUAUUUUUGUUAAUGUGAAGCAUUGAACUGUUGGAUUUUGUAUAUUAUUUAUAUAGAGACCCCAGAGCUGUUGCGCCCAAUACAUAGAGCUUCUUUGCAAAAGAAGUGUGUGAAUCUGCACAUGGAGAGCUCUCCUCUGAGAGUACCAGGGAGAGGAUGAACAACUCAGAGCCUUCAUGCCUUCCAUAUUAUUCCCCCGCUCCCCCUCUACCCUCUCCAUUUGGGAAUUCUAACUGCUCUCCUUUCUUCCUGCUCAAAAGUAACGUGCAGUGAACUCCAAGCCCUCAGUCCUUUCAGGGCGGCUUACCCCCUCAACCAAAUAGUGCAGUUUCUUUACAGUGCAGCUUCCACUGGGGAUGUACCACUAGAAGAGGGGGCUCAUUAGGCCAGAGAGAAAUCAGUGGAAGCCCAUCAUCCUUCCACAACACCCCACAUACUUGGUCUCAAACAAGCUGAGAGUAGGGGCAGAUGCCAGAACAUAGCUUUCCUUUUCUCGUCUCACGUGGCCCCAUCCUACACCGUGCUAGCUAGAGAACCUCCCUGAAAGUAACAUUUCUGCAAGGGCAUGUGAUGUCAAAGAAGAGGUAGGGACAGAAGUCCAGGUUGGCUCUAGCAGGAAGAGAGGCCAGCAGAAAGCCUCACCUGCUUCUCUGGCCCACUGCUGCAACUUCAUGUUUUCAUACGACCCACCUUGGCAGUUUCCCAGGGUAACUGUUGCUCACUCCCAAUUUAAAACUUCCUUCCAAGUCACUUUUGGAACAGGGGCUGGACCAUUCUCCCCUUGUGGCCUAUCUGCCUUGGGCCUUUGACCCAGGGCUGUGCUGGAGACCCCAAUUGCUUUAUGACAGUGGUGAUCUCUGGGCUGGGAGAGGACUACACUAGGCUGGUGGUUGGGUGAUCACUGGAAGGGACCCUCCAAGCUGUAGUUGUACCCUGUUGCUGGGAAGUGUUCAGUAUGCUGAUAAAAACAGGAGUGCCAGUCAAUCAAUCAAUACCCAAGUUAUUUUGAAAAGUCCCUCUGAACCCACAAAGCUCUCCUACACAUGGGAUUUGCCCAAGUCAUGAGUAAGGAUUGGGGUUCCCAGGGAUGGUAAGCCAAUACAUCUGAAGACUUUUCCUGACUAUCCUGGCAUAUACACUCCAGGAGCCCCAGUGGAUAGAAGUUUGGUAGGAUAAGGGACAUUCAGCAGGGAUUUGGGUGUGUAUGUGUGCUAGGGCAAGUGGACAGGUGCAUUACAUACAGAAACAUUGGCUAUUGGGGUGUGGGUAGAAGCUACAAAGGUCAGACAACUAGUGUGCUAACA